CAUUAGCCGAGGGCGGAGAGAAAGGAAGCGUUGUUGACCUUCACAUGAAAAAGCAGAGAGGGAAAGGACCCAAUAGGGAGCUCCUGGAAGGAGGGAAGCAGAGAGAGAGAGACAGAGAGAGAGGGGGAAGGAGUGAGAGUGUGUGAGUAAGAGCAGCAGAGAGAAAGAGGGGGUAAGUGAGAGGCAAGGCAAGAAGGGAGAAAAUAUUUGAGCGUGAAAGAGAGAAAGAGAGCAGCUUCUGAAAAGAGGGCAGGUACCAGAGCACAGGACCAUGAGGGCCCAGUUUGGAUCGUGUUCCCUCCUGCUUCUCCUCCUGAGUCCCGUCCUGCUGGGACAGAGAGCUCCGCAGCGAGGUCGCCCCAGGAAGCCACCGCGCCCCACUGCCACCCGGAAACCACUGGUGCCCGUCUCCAAGAAGCCGCAGCCAGCAGAGCCGGCGGAGCCGGCGGAGCCCACCGACUUCCCCCCUCCCAUCCUGAACCCCCCCUCGCCCUACUCCAACUGUCCGCGCGAGUGCAGCUGCAACCCCGUCUACCCCCACACCCUCUACUGCGAGAACCGCAACCUCCGCAGGGUCCCCGUGAUCCCGCCGGACAUCCACUACCUGUACCUGAGGAACAACUUCAUCGACGAGGUUACCGCCGAGUCCUUCAAAAACGCCACCGAGCUGAAGUGGGUGGACCUGGCCAACAACCGCGUCCGCCAGGUCGACCGCGAGGUGUUCAAGAAGAUCCCCAACCUCCUCUACCUCUACAUGGAGAGGAACCAGCUGAAGGAGAUCCCCAACGACCUGCCCGAGAAGCUGGAGCAGCUCCGCCUCAGCCGCAAUCAGAUCUCCAAGAUCCCGGCCGGCGCCUUCAACAAGAUGAAGCACCUGGUGCUGCUGGACCUCCACCACAACCGCAUCAGCGACAGCAACCUGGGCAAGAACAUCUUCAAGGACCUGAAGAACCUCAUGCAGCUCAACCUGGCACACAACAUCCUGAGGAAGAUGCCCAGCAACGUGCCCCCCAACAUCUUCCAGCUCUUUCUCGACAGGAACAACAUUGAGGACAUCCCCCAGGGCUACUUCAAGGACUUCACAAACCUGGCCUUCGUCAGGCUCAACUACAACCAGCUGAAUGACAAGGGCGUCCCCAAGAUGGUGUUCAACAUCAGCAGCCUGCUGGACCUGCAUCUGGCCCAUAACAAGCUCAGUGUGGUGCCCCACUUCAGCUCCCACCUGGAGCACCUGCACCUCAACAACAACCAGAUCGAGUAUAUAAAUGGCACAGAGAUCUGUCCUCACAGUCUGUCGGCGAGCCUGGAGGACGUGGGGAAUGCACCCAGGCUGAGGUACCUGCGGCUGGAUGGAAAUCACCUGGCCCCCCCCAUCCCUAUGGACGUCAUCACCUGCUUCAGACACCUCCACUCCAUCGUUAUCUAGAGUCACUAGCAAAGGAACUACACACACACACACACCCUCACACACACACUCACACACACACACACACACAGACGUAAACAUACGCCAUGUACAUACACACACCCACAGU